AUGCCAACCAACUACUCUCUCUACAGCAUCCCUGUAUACUGGUUUUUCUCCCUUGCCCCCCACGCCUACGCUAUCAGCGUGGCAAAGAGCGCCAACAACGGCGUCUGGGACAACACCAACCCGCGUAACACUGCCUAUCUGGAGAAGAACGUGCCCAAGCAUGCGCUAGAGCGGUAUGAGCGCGCUGAGGCCGCGCACGCGAAUGGGAUGGAGAAUGCGCCCUUUUUCGUAGGGGCGGUGUUGGCGGGAAAUUUCGUGGGGUUGAGACAAUUGAUACCAUUCACCCGCUACUCGUGGCUUUCCCGCUACGCCGUGUUCAUACGAACACGUUUCUCUAAUUAUACAACUAGUGUGCGCCAACCGCGUGUCGCUACACAGACGACUGGUCGCUGCACCUCCCGCGCCGCCAAAGAUCAGGUUGUCGUAGCCGGCCGUGAUGUGCAUCGCGGCGCGUGCGUCGACGAAGCUCUGUUGAUCAGCUACCGAGACUGGAUUAUGAAAGAUCUGCUUGAUGAACGUCAUGAAUGUAUCGCAGUCUUUGGUCAGAAACUCCGCGAUCCCAUGAUACAGUGCCAUCGCCAGCAGCACACCCAUUGCAUUGAUCAGGGGCUGAAUCCACUGCCGGUUGACUUGCCGUACCUGAGUGUAUCGCAGCAAUCGCGCGCCAGUUUCACGCUCUGA